GAAACUCCCGAAUGACUGUAUUGCAUAUUCGACUUUGAAAAAUCCCAUGACGUGAUCUGGCCGUAUUGCCUCCGGAGACUUUUGGGAGGCAGGAGCCAUUAAUUAAGAAGAAGAAGAAAGAAUAGGAGCCCUAGCCGUAUCGACUUCCUAUUUACUGUUUGGAGGCGUGAGCCAUAAAUUAAGAAGAAAAGAAGGAUCAAUUGAACUUGCAGCUAACCUAACCAUACAUUUUCGAGACAUUUUCAACCGAGAGUCGAGAUUGAAGGCAUAAAUUCAUCAUCACAUAUGUUAAUAUUAACACAAUAAAAACCUCUUCGAGGUUUUUUUCCAGUUUAUCAGUAUCGUGUUAUUAAAGUUAAUAAUGCCAGGUUGUUGUGUGCUUAAGUGCAAAAACAGUACCGUAAAAGGUUAUAGUUUAUUUCGCGUGCCAAAAGGCGAACGAAGAAAAGAAUGGCUCGAAUUAAUCGGAAGAAUUAAAUUACCAGAAAGAGCUGAUAUUUGUGAAGUACACUUUGGCAAAGAACAAUUCGAAAAUGAUCGGAAAGAUGGGAAAAAAAAAUUACGUCCAUUUGCAAGACCUAAUUUAUUGGAAAGCAUAAAAGAUCCUCUGAUAAAUCCUUUAGAACAAUGUAUAAUUUGUACAGAAGAAUUUACGACAGAUCCUGUAGAAUCUACAACAAAUUUCAUGGAAGAAUAUAUAAAUUUUGUAGAAGAAUCUACGACAUUUGUUGUAGAAAAAUGUACGACACAUAUCACAGAGGAAUGUACGAUAAAUCCGACAGAAUCUUAUGAAUACCAACGUAACGCACAAAUAUGUGAUACAGGAGAUAUUUGCAAUACUAACGAUGAUUAUAAUAAAUUUAAAACAUCAAUUGUAUGAAAACGUACUGAAACAAUUACAUCACGAAUGUUCAAAGACACUGCAUCAUAUCUUGCAAUGAGAAAAAUGUUAAAAUCAAUGCAUACAAAAUUAAAAAACGUAAAUGUUUCGAAAAAGAA